AUGGAUGACAGCCUCUUGCAAGAUGGGGAUACUGCCAUUCCCAAGAUACCAGGUCUAGCUCGCAAGCGGAUCAUCAUCUGCUGCGAUGGAAGUGGACAAUCCGCCGUCUCAGGCGAAGAAAGCAUCCCAUCCAAUAUAACCCGACUCUGCCGCGCGAUCGACCCAGUGGGCAUCGACAAGAAUGACAAGCGCCCCUGGCAACAAGUCGUCUGGUACGAUUCCGGUGUUGGAACGAACUCAGCAGGCAAAGUCCCAGCUGGAAAGGACCUCGAAGGAAAUGUCAUCGAGGCUUACAACUUCUGUGUGCUGAACUGGAGCCCAGGCGACCAGAUCAUGUGUUUUGGCUUCUCGCGAGGUGCAUACACUGCGCGUGCAAUUGCUGGCUUAAUCUCUGAUCUGGGUAUCUGCUCCCGCGCGGACCUGCAGCAUUUCCCCGAAGUGUGGAAGCUUUACAAAUUGAGCCAUCCGGCUGUUACUGGCGAUCGGUUUUAUGGCAGUGAUGCUUAUUUCGAUUAUCAUAACGGGAAACCAGCUGAUCCUCAGCCGCUGGAGCGGAUGGAAGCUAAUGACAGUAUUUCUUGGGAGUAUCCCGGGCGCGGUCGGUGGGCUCCUGAUGAGUCGAGAUCGGUUGAGGUAGUUGGUGUGUUUGAGACUGUUGGUGCGCUUGGAUUCCCCGAGCUGUUUGGGCAAGAGGUGCCGCAGUGGCUUAGCCGAACUGACAAGCCUGAGUGGCAUAACGUUGGACUUUCUCCUAACAUCAAAAACGCAUUUCAAGCACUUGCUCUCGAUGAGCACCGUGCCGCAUUUACACCAACUCUCUUCUACAUUCCGCCCGUCACGAAAGCGACCGAGCGGCAAAUUAGGGAACAAGAAAAGAAGGCCGAUACUGCGAAGGCCAAGUGGGGCAAUGUUUUGACUACCUACCGUCCUCCUCUUAAGGAGAUCCAAAGCGCGAUCAAGCAAAAGAAUGAAGCCGAACGGGAGUUGCUGAAGCUGAUGGAUAGCUUGAAAGAUCGCACCAAGCUGCUGCAAGUCUGGUUCCCGGGCGUCCACAUCAACGUCGGCGGUGGAUCCGACCUGACACUGAAAAACCAGGGCAACAUGGAAGAGAUGUCGGAUGUCGCCUUCUCCUGGAUGCUAGAUCAGAUCAAAGAAUUUGUCUCUCUCAACCCCCAAGCCUUGGAGGAGGAUCAGAGGGCUCGCCACAAGCGACUUGUUGAAAUAAAUGACAUUCUCGAUGCUUACGAGGCCAAAAUUGACAGACAGAAAAGAGAGUCCUGGACGCAGUGGGCUUUGCGAAGCGGCCAGUCUAUCGCUUCUUCGAUCCUUCAUCCUUUCUCGGCAGGAGAUGGGCCAGCCUACCUGAAGCACCGCACCUAUACCUGGGGUUUGGGUGAUCUACCAGACAGCUUUGGCCUUAAGUACUAUAUCAAUGGAUCUCGGCCACGAACACCGGGCCGUUAUGCCAUCGAUAAGAAUGGGACCAAGCUCGGUGAGACUUUUGAAGAGGUUCAUCCUGUUGUCGGCUACCGGGUUCAGAAGACCAAGUAUCGGCCCAUACAGUUGGCUGGACUUGAUUACCAGCGCCGGGGGAAGAAGGGUGGCGGCUACGAGUACUGGUUCAAGUAUCCUGGCUCAUCGAAGCAUGAGGUUCUCGCUGAGUGGAUGAUGUCGGAUGACAUCAACUCAUAUGAGAGAUCGGUGGUUCAAGGUGAAGAUGCGCGUGAUUAUGCUGAAGCCCUGAGUGUUCAGAGAAGGUCAUGA